GGAUAGAUCAUUUAAACAAUGCGACCUUUAUUCCCACCACUACUCGUUCGUAACAUUAUAAUAAAAUCACGUACGUCACAGCAGUUCUCGCGAUUUUUUUCCAGUGACGAAAUAUCAAGUCGUGACCUUGUUUUCAAAUGUUUUAUAUCAAAAUCAAUGGAUCCUUGGACGAAUAUUGCAUUCGAAGAGUGGCUAUUUAAAGAUACAAAUCCACAAGAGAUUAUACUUUUUUUGUGGAGAAAUAAUUCUUGCGCUGUUAUCGGGAGAAAUCAGAACCCUUGGAAAGAAUGUAAUGUAAGAUUACUUCAAAAGCACGAUAUUCCACUUAUAAGAAGAAAAAGUGGCGGCGGCACAGUAUUUCAUGAUAUUGGAAAUACAAAUUAUACACUUAUAAUGCCUAGAAUCGAUUUUACUCGUAAACAUACGGCUGAAUUGGUUGUAAGGGCUCUAACAACAAGACUUGAUAUACCAGCAUACGUAACUGAGAGACAUGAUAUAGCAGUUAAUGGACUUAAAGUUUCUGGUUCUGCAUUUAAAUUAGUUAUGAGAAGAGCAUAUCAUCAUGGUACUAUGCUUAUUGAUACAGAUCUAGACAGGAUAAAAAGAUAUCUUAACGUUGAGAGGCAAAACCUUAUCACAAAGGGUGUUGAAUCAUUCCCAUCACCUGUUACAAAUCUUUGUAAUUAUUCUUCUACCGUGAGCCACGAAUCCUUCUGUGAGGCAGUAAAAGACUACUUUACAGAAUAUUAUCGUGAUUACGUGAAUCAUGGUUCUAACAAAAGCGCAACUACUGUCGAUGAAGAAUUUAUUUCUAACAUUCCAAAAGUUGCCGAAUAUCGUGAAGAAUUCAAGACUUGGGAAUGGGUUUAUGGACAAACGCCAGAUUUUACUCACAAAUUUGAAAAGGAAUUUGAGUGGAGUCAUGUGAAAGCGUUAUUCGAGUCGAAGAAUGGAAUUAUCACGGCUAUUACUCUAACGCCUUCAAAUAUUAAAUAUCAUAAUCUAAUUAAUGCAUUAGAAGACUCGUUUGAAGGUCGUAAAUAUGGAGACGAAAAAGACAUUGAUAAUGCAUUAAAUGAUGUACGCGUCAGUGAGCAAUUAAGUGGUAGCAACAUAGGCGGCACUUCAAUCUCAACUAGUGAAAUGCAACGCGUGGUAAAUGAUAUAGGCAAAUGGAUAAAAGAAUCAUCAUGAAUUAACUUAUUACAACAAUCUCUUGUUUCACGUUGAUGCAAGUUUCGUUAUAAUUCUCUAUUUACUAGAUAGAUAAAUUUAAAGUUUUCUUUUAUAAGAGUCAUGUCAAAAUCAUAUAAAAAAAGAUAGCCAUUUUUAGUAAAGUAUAUAUGUCAUCAGUAUUCUAUCAAAAAAAUGAUGUUUGUUAUUUUCUACAUGUUUACCUUAUUUAUAAUUUUACUGCGCAUAUAAAUCUAACGUAAU